CGGGAAGGGAAGCGAUGGUUGAGCAGGGAUCGAUGUUUACAUACUCGGGUCAGUGCGGGGGCACCUGCAUGACGCGUGCGGGACGCAGAAAAAAAAUGAUGGCUGCCCGAGUGCAAACACUACAGCAACCCUGAAGCUCUCCAUUUAUAUCAGGAAGGCGCCCCUCUGUUCUUCUUUCUUUGUUCGCAACAACUUUUCGAUACCCAAGCCCUUUUCUCCAAUUCACCGUUGUUUUACAACCAAACUCAAGAUGCCCUCCAUCGAGCACCCCACCAUCAAGGAUGGCUGGUUCCGUGAAAUUUCCAACAUGUGGCCGGGCCAGGCUAUGACCCUCAAGGUCAAGGAGGUCAUCCACCACGAGAAGAGCAAGUACCAGGAUGUCCUGAUCUUCGAGUCGACCGACUACGGCAUGGUUCUUGUUCUCGACAACGUCAUUCAGUGCACCGAGCGCGAUGAAUUCUCCUACCAGGAGAUGAUCACUCAUCUUGCGAUGAACGCCCACCCCAACCCUGAGAAGGUCCUUGUCAUUGGCGGCGGUGAUGGCGGUGUCCUCCGUGAGGUCGUGAAGCACGACUGCGUCAAGGAGGCCGUCCUGUGCGACAUCGACGAGGCCGUCAUCCGUCUUUCCAAGCAGUACCUCCCCGCCAUGUCGGUCGGCUUCGAGCACCCUAAGACCGAGACCAUCGUAGGUGAUGGCUUCAAGUACCUUGAGGACAAGAAGAACCAGUUCGACGUCAUCAUCACCGACUCCAGCGACCCAGAGGGUCCAGCUGAAGCCCUCUUCCAGAAGGCCUACUUCGAGCUGCUUAACGGCGCGCUCCGUGAAGGUGGUGUUAUCACCACACAAGCUGAGAACCAAUGGCUGCACAUGCCCCUCAUUGCAAACCUCAAGAAGUCCUGCAAGGAGGUCUUCCCCAACGUCGAAUACGGCUACACCACGAUCCCCACUUACCCCUCUGGACAGAUUGGGUUCAUGGUCUGCUCUAAGGAUGCUAGCCUUGACCUCAAGAAGCCGCUUCGUUCUUGGUCUCGGGAGGAGGAGGAGAAGCUGUGCAGAUACUACAGCAAGGAGAUCCAUGAGGCAGCCUUCGUUUUGCCUACAUUCGCUCGCAAGGCCCUUCAAUAAGCGUCUAAAAUUGGCGUUCUUCCAUGUUUCUUUCUUAUACAUAUCACGAUGCAUAUAUACCACGGCACACGGACGGCCACCAAAAGUCAAGAUUCCAUACACAUCUUUGACCACCAGCAGUUGGCGAGCGAGUACUGUACCUCCGGCUGCCACCACCUGCUUACAUAGGCUAGAUGAAAUACCAUGCCUUACAAA